UUGUUCAUCGGGAUAUAUCAAGCAACAAUAUUCUGCUGGAUUCUCAAUAUGAGCCUCAUAUUUCUGACUUCGGCACUGCCAAGCUUCUAAAGCUAGACUCAUCAAAUCAAAGCGCACUUGCAGGCACAUUCGGAUACGUUGCACCAGAACAUGCUUAUACAAUGAGGGUGACAGAAAAAACCGAUGUCUAUAGUUUUGGAGUGAUAGCACUGGAAGUUAUCAAAGGAAGACAUCCUGGAGAUCAAAUCUUGUCUCUAUCAGUUUCCCCAGAGAAGGAUAACAUAGUGUUGGAAGAUAUGCUGGACCCGCGACUCCCACCUCUCACAGCCCAAGAUGAAGGGGAAGUGAUAUCUAUCAUAAAGCUCGCAACUGCAUGCUUAAGUGUCAACCCACAGUCCAGGCCAACAAUGAAGAUUAUUUCUCAGAUGUUAUCACAGAGAAUUUACCAGGAUAAGAAAUAAUUUGCAUGGAACUCUACCUCGUACCCUAAUAAUGCAUGGUUUCGAACUUCCUGCAUCUUCAACACAAUGUAAUUCCUUCUGAGUUUCUUCGGUCUUUCUUUCUACAUUAACUACUCUAGCGCGAUUUGUAAUCAUAGAAAUUGUGGCUUUGUGCCAAAAGAAGUUAGGUGUGGUUUUGUGUGAAUCGCAUUAGAUACAUACAUGCUCCAUUGAAUGCAUUUUUUUCCAAAUGA